CAGGAAUAACACGUUACGACUUGUUUUUGUGCAUAAUAUUUUUGAAUUUUGAUUUUAUCUUCUGUGACAUAUUCAUUUAGAUUGGUAAUUAAGACUUUGACAUAACAUUUCUUCAAUAUCGUAAAACAUAUGGGACCUUAAAGAAGGCGAGAGAGAAACGUUUUAUACUGAGAAAAUACUACAGGAAGGUCCUGCUUGCUGACAUCCUGCUGGCAACUAUUAUGAGCAACAAUCCCAACAGCAAUCAGAAGUCACAAGCCUUGGCGCCCGGCAGUAUUCUAACCGUCAACACAACUCGCACUCGGGGAACCAAGUUUUUGCUGAACCAGAUGCUCCUUGAAAAGCAACAGAAGGAGCAGCACAAUAGCCAGGCCACGCCCCCAGGCUCGAGGAUAUCGACCCCAGUGUAUGCUUGUAGUCCAGUAACGAGGUUCAUCAAAAUUGUGCCACCUGUAAAUCCUCCGGAGAAUUGUAACAUUGUCUUACCCAAGAAGAAGAAGAGGAAGAAAGCCAUCACACUGACCCAGCACCUCGUGGAGAUUGAUCCAGGGCAGAACAGGGAAGAGCCGAAGACAGAUCCCGUGCUGAGCAAAGAACCACUGGUGGAGGAGGUCGUAGAAAAGGAGAAUUCUGAAGAGCUCAACAAUUCCAUUUUGUUACCAUUUGGCCGGAGAAAAAAGAGAAAGAGGAAACGCAAGAAGAAAGAUUGUGCCCAGGAGUCACCCACAGGGGAUGAAGCCUAUGAAGUCAACAUGGAUGAAUCUAGAGAUAUUAUAGCAGUAGACAUGGAGGGAGACGAAGGGGAGGAUGCUCCUGAGAAGCACACAGAGAGCAUAAGAGUGCCCCUAUACUAUGAAUCCAAAGACACAAAAGGGAAAAACAAAAGUACAAAAAAUAUUCUCCAGAGUCAGGUCCAUCAUAACAUACCUACUAAUAAAUCACAUUCCUCCUAUAGUCCUAAGGAAAUCACACCUAGUCUCCCUCAGCCUUCCACAACUAAAGCUGUGCCUCUCACUCAGGUGGAUUCUAGUUUGAGUUCCCAGAAUUCCUCUGAAAUACAAUCCACUUCAUCUCCAAGCAGCAUAGUCUUGUCUUCGGACACCCCACCCCCCGAGGUCACAAAAGGAAGCAGUGGCACCUCAGAGUUAUCUACCGGUACUCAAACACAAGCCAUUUUCCAGAACAAAGAAUAUCAAGGGCAUGGCUCAGCGCAGAAGAGAAACACUGAUGUUCCCUCCCUUCCAAGUCCAGAGGUCUUGGUGUAUUGCUCUGGUAGUGAGUCAGAUAACCCUGAACACGGGUCAUCAGUAAAAACUUUUAAACAUAUUCCAGAAAGAAAAAGAACUGUCCCAAGAAAGGAGAGCAAGAAAUCUCUGUCACCAAAAAAAAGAAAAGAAGCUACAAGUGAUGCAGUGCAGAAUGUGAUAACUGUAAAUAUAGAUGAGUCCUCACCUGAGGAACAGCAUCAAAAAGAUGUAGCAUCACUAAAUACUAAGUCAGUAGUACCUGUAGACAAAAAUACACUUACAAGAAAAAUAACCACCAGUCAGGCUAGAACAGUAGUAGACACAAACACACCCAAGAUGAAACCAGAGUCAAGUGUGUGGUUACAGAAGGCAACCAGAUCAGACCUAAUGACUCCAUCACAUUUGUCUCAGCCUUUUCCAGAGAUUUCUCCGUGCAGUGAAGCAGAAUCCUCUCCACUUCUGCCUGCAUCUCAGAACAGUGCUUUCCAGACACCAAGAAAUAGAGGAAAAUUAACCAAACUCAGCCUAAGUCAGAGGAAGAAGAUUCCCGAUAUUUUAUCACAGGAUAGUGGAAGCCCAGCUCUAGCAAAGGUCAAAAGAAAACUUGAUCGCCCUACACCGCAUAAUGUCUCUGAAGGUUUUAUGCCAUCUUGCUCCCCUGAAUCAGAAAAUAGUGAGGUUGGCCAAUCUGUCGGAAGCAAAAAGUUACGAGUCAGAUUCUGGGAAAAAGAUGAUGACGACGGAGACGUAUGCAUGCUGACGUUACAACAUGCUGAGCCUCCUGCAGUAGAUGAUAUGUCUUCCAUGUCUCUUUUAGGAACAGUCCCAGAAACCAGCCAUGGAAAGAGCACUGUUGCGACAACCUCAGUUCCCAAGACUUUCCAGCCUAGACAUACAUCUACACAGAUAGAAAGACAAAAGAAGAAAAUUGCCCAAGAAGCUCAUAAAGGGAAAGAGACAGUUAAAGUGAAAGAAACGCAUCCUCGCAACAUAAUACCUGAAACGUCCGAGUCAUCAGAACAGGCCAGCUCCUCUUCAUCACUCACAGAGAUGCCUAAGAUAAGUCCUGACACGAAAAAGAGCAAGAUGGAGGAAACCAGGAACAUGAGGCUCAGGUCUGCCUCCAUAAAAGAAAGAGUUUGUGCUGAGGGGAAAGGAGAAAAGAAAGGCUCUGAGAGUGCAUGUCUCGAGGGAGAUUCCCAGAGCAAGAACUCGUCUGAGUCCUCUGAGCUCUCCAGAACCUCUGAGAAUCCAUCAACAGAUUCUUCAGCCAGCACAGAGAUGCUCCGUCCUGUUGGCAAGACGUGCUUGCAGAGCAUUGUUUAUAUUCUGCAGACCCACUUCGGAGGUACACUGACGGAGAGCUUUAACGUGUUACAUCGUAAUAGCUUCAACCUGCUCACAUCAAUUAUGGAGCUUCAGUCCUUGCAUCCCGAGGUGGAAGACGCCCUCUAUGGGGAUGAGGAAGAGGAGGAGGAAGAUUUGAACUGAUGACGUGGAUUCGGAUACUGUGUUAUACUGUUAUAAAAAGUGCAAUUAAAAAGGCACUCCUAAUUCCUGGGCAUUUUUAUUUAGACACAUGUGAAACUUUACUGAAGUUUUGGAUAUUUUUGCCUCUAUGAUGGUCUUUAUUGUUUUGAAAUAUAAAAUUUUGCUUUCUUAAAUUUGUGAAAUGUAAUUGUUAGCGAAUAAUGCAAUAUCAAAAAUGAAUUGAAAUAUAUCAAAUCAGCAGAUGGAAAUGAUUAGCAUAUGUAUAUGUACUUUACAUUGAGUUUAUGUAUCUUUGGCUAUAAUAUUAUAUUGUGUAAUGAUUUACAGUGAUACAUACAGUGAAAAGAAAUUAUAGAGAAGUCAAGAUAUUUGUCAAUUUAUUGCUGUGAUAUUAGUGAUUUCAAAAGUAAAAAACAGGCAUUGAAAAUGUAUUAUAGAGCAAGCAUUUCAUAAUUAAGUUUCACGCCAUUAUGGAUAUUUUUCCCAUACACUCUCUCCUAACUGGAGAUACCUUCUACAUUCCUUCCUUGUAAACAUGACUUUCUCUAGUUUAACUGAUAUUUAUUUAUUUUAAUUUCUUUCUGCCUUUGAUUUAUAUAUAUGUAAAUUGUAUUUACAUGCUGGCAUGUAAGAAAAUGUAUUUAAUUUUUGUUUAUAUUUUCUGAACAGGACAGACUUCAUUCUUCUACACAUAGCCAGUGAUCUAAAAUAUAAAAGCUCAAAAGACACCAUUAAUAUCAUGUAGUCACUAUAAAGGAAGAGUAAAUUAGGUUAUUUU